UUAGCAGUUAAUGGAGGAUUUUUUUUCUCCACUAGGAAGUUACGCAUAGAACCUGACCAAUGUAAGAGAAUAAAAAUAGAGAAUAAAGCAUUAUUACACAAGGGGUUGCUGUAUAUUUUGUAGAUUUGAAAUGGUUAACUGUUUGGUUUGCUGCCUAUGUUUCAUUAUCUUUCUUGCAGAUCGUGGAUUAGGCUUUAAUGAUUGCAAUACAUCAACAUGUGGGAGCUUCGGACCACCAGUCCGAUUUCCCUUUCGAAUCAGAGGCAAGCAACCGCUCCACUGUGGCUCUCCUCAAUCUGAGUUUCAUCUUUCUUGCUCGGAGAAGAAUGAUACUGUGCUGCAACUGCCAAAUUCAUGGAAACUUUUCAUCCAGAAAAUUGAUUAUAAGUCUCAAGUAAUUUAUGCAAAAGAUUCAGGAGGUUGCCUUUUUAGACGGCUUAUUUCAAACUUGAGUCUGUCCGUUUCUCCCUUCGAGUUGAUGAAUACAAGAGAGAAUAUCACCUUAUUCAAAUGCCCAUCAAGGAAAAUAGAAGGUUGGUCUCAUUACGUAUAUCAGAUCCCUUGCCUUAGUGAUCUACACUAUGAUUUCCUCGGUUCCCGAUACUGUUUUAUUGAUAAUCCCAACCUAUUAUACUGCACCAAGAUACACCACUAUCCAGAAGUUGCACUCACGGAUAAUGUGGGGUACCGGGAAAGCAUUAUUGGAUUGAAUUGGUCCAAUCCACUUCUAAUAUUGAAUUGGACCAAUCCAACAUGUAAAUCUUGCGAGGCAAGAGGCAAGUACUGCAGAUUGAAGAUGAGCACCAUUGCUUCUGAAAUGGAAUGCUAUGGCAGCCUCAAACCAAGUAAAGGGGCAUCAAUAAAGUUUAUAGAGACAGGUGCAGUCCUAGGUUCUGUUCUUCUUGUAGCAGCAGUUGUUCUACUCUAUCGUAGAUAUAGUUUCAACAAGAUGGAAAAAGAAUUUCAGUCCAAGAUUAAAAGUUUUUUGGAUGACUACAUGUCUCACAAGCCUACUAGAUAUUCGUAUGCUGAUAUUAAGAGGAUGACUAGCCAAUUUAAAGAUGAAUUAGGCCAAGGAGCUUAUGGAACUGUGUUUAGAGGAAAGCUAUCUGAUGAAAUUCUAGUUGCUAUUAAGGUUCUCAACAUCUCCAAAGGAAAUGGAGAGGAGUUCGUCAAUGAAGUUGGAACAAUAGGCAAAAUCCACCAUGUCAAUGUGGUUCGUUUGAUUGGAUUUUGCGCUGACGGGUUUAGACGAGCUCUAGUUUAUGAGUACUUGCCAAAUGAUUCAUUGCAGAAAUUCAUCUCUCCAGCAGAUGACAAGAACCAUUUCCUUGGAUGGAAAAGGCUGCAAGAUAUAGCACUUGGCAUAGCUAAAGGAAUUGAGUAUCUUCAUCAGGGUUGUGAUCAGAGAAUCCUCCAUUUUGAUAUCAAACCGCAUAACAUCCUGCUUGACCACGACUUCAAUCCUAAAAUCUCAGAUUUUGGCCUGGCUAAGUUAUGUGCUAAGGAUCAAAGUGCAGUGUCCAUGACAACAGCUAGAGGGACCAUUGGCUACAUCGCACCUGAAGUGUUCUCAAGGAACUUCCGGAAUGUUUCGUACAAGGCAGAUAUUUAUAGUUUUGGAAUGUUAGUAUUAGAAAUGGUUGGAGGAAGGAAAAUUGUUGAUAUUACAAAGGACAGUGAUGAGCAAAUAUACUUUCCAGAAUGGAUUUAUAACCUUUUAGAAGAAGGAGAAGACCUUAGGUUCCAUAUUGAAGAAGAGGGAGAUGCUAAAAUUGCAAAGAAACUAGCAAUUAUCGGACUCUGGUGCAUUCAAUGGAACCCAGUCGAUCGCCCCACCAUAAGAGUUGUUGUUCAUAUGUUAGAAGGUGAAGGAGAGAAUCUAACGAUACCUCCCAAUCCUUUUAACUCUGGCAUUCAAACAAGGAAGAAACCAAAGAUUUCAGGGAAGCGACUCCAUUCAGAGUUGGAUGCCAUCUCAGAAACAGAAUAAAAGUCAUAAAUAACAUGCAUUUACAAGUACUUCUCAUCAUAGUUUCCCAAUAAUGUGUCGCUUAAGUUUGUGAACAAUUCAUGCUCAGUUGUCAAUGUAUUGUACUACAGAACUGAUUCAAGUCUUGCUAUUUGAACUUAGUAGCACUAGUAUGUUAAAAUUUACCAUAGAUCUUUGAUAAUCAUUUAUUCAAAUAUAAUUAUUUAUAAGUUAAUUAAACAUUUUCAGGAACUUAGAGGUUAGCUAAUGUUAUGUCAUAGAAGCAUUAUUUCAAACCACAAAGCAGAUAUAUCAUAAACCCAGAAAGGGAAGUAAAUUUAGCUGGACUUACAUGCAAUGUAUUCAAAUUCUUUCUUCUGCAGCCAUUUCUAAUAUCAAUAUCCCAAAUCUAUAGGUUCUUUUUUAAUUAA